AUGACCCAUUGGACGUCCGAAUCAGAUAGUGACUUUGCCAACGACGACGAAGAUGACGAACUCCUACAGCAGUAUCUAGGUACCACUCAAGCUCCGAUACAUUUAUCAACGACGCGUGAAGACGACAACGACACAACAAGUGAAAAGCCCACAUCGGUUUUCCAAAUUAACCAACCCAUAGCAUCACAGCUUUUACAAGAGCCAAUAGAUAAUGAAAUACAAGCUAAGUUGUUCCAAGCAGAUGGAGAAAUUGCCACUUUAAAAGCACAAUUGAUUCUGUUGCAAAACUCCAAACGCGAUGAGUUGAACUCGCUACGACAGUCAUAUGAUGCGUUGAAACGGAGUAAAGAAGAAGAGGCAACUGCUUUGAGAGAAGCGGUUUUGAAAUUGGAAGACGACCGCAAAUUUUUGAAGAAUGAGUUGGUCACCACAACUGCAUUGAAAAAAAGAAAGAUUAGCAACAACAAUAACAACAACAACAACAACGGCACUCAAACAAACUUGCAACCAAAGGGACCAAACACAAGUACCGACGUCGAUUAUCUGGUAGUCGAAGAAAGCGCCGGCACAAAUGUUACGUCAAUUCCUAGUCAGACUGUACAAAGAGUGAUUCGAGUUCAACAUGAUACUUCAGCACUCAUUGAUCAAAUUUGGGGGUAUUUUAUUCCUGGCAGUAAACGGUCAUCAAUUGAGUACUUAUUCAAAAUAUGUUUUGAUUUUGAUCUUGAGACAUUGUAUCGGUACAAAUUGACCAAGAAGACAGCAAUCGCAUCAUUGAUUAGUAAUGUUUUAAUGACGUUGAAAAUUGCAAGAUUAGAUGAAUUGAUCGAAAAGUUUUCGCUUUUGAUGUUGGACAUCAUCCAAAAUGCAAUUGGUCAAAAGCAACCGCUCCCAGUCCCGUUCUUAUUGUCGUUGAUUCAUUGUACUAUUAGUUUUCGGCCAGUCGCUGUUACGAAAACUGUAAUCACAACUUUAAUACAAGGGUGUUCUCAGAUUUCAUUGAAUUAUAUGUUUUUGCUCAGCCCUAGUUUGGAAGAAGAAGUUGAUUUCGAUAAUUAUCAUGACGUGCCUGACCAAGUGAUUGCAAUUGAACGAUUCAUUUUAAUUUGUUGUCUAGAUGUGAUUGAGAAGUUGACAGCAAUUGGCUCAAUGCAUGACACUCGAUUGAUUCGUCUGAUUUGGUGUGAUCAAACUGUAUUCCCUCAAAGUCUUGUUUCUUCAUGUUUACCUCAAAAUACAGAACGGUUCAAAUCCGUAGCACAGAUCAAUUUAGUCUUUAAUGUGGUGGAGAUGCUUAUUGCUACGAUUACUGAAGGGACAUUUGGGUUUAAUGAAGCCACAUCCGAUUUCAAUCUUAUUCAAUCCUUGAUGAAGAUUUUCCUACUAGACAUUCCAAUCAAAGAUGGGUUUAGAUUUUACGGAUUGAACCGGUUCAUUGGCAACAAUUGUGAUUUGAAUACGAUUGAUUUGACCGUACCACUCCAGCACGAUAAUUUGAACAAUUACUUAGUUUCCAUUCCACAACCAGUGUACAAGGACUUGGAAUCGGAACUAAACUUCAAAAAAUUGCAAAUAAAUCAUGAAGCACAUCUUUUGAAUCUCAAAAUCAAAGUGUGUGAGUUGUUGCAAUCAAUAAUUAUCACAAAGCAAAGCAUUGAUUUCUUAAUGGAUAAAGAUCAUUUCAAAUCCUUUGUUCGAGUCAUCCGCCUCGAGCAAACAUAUAUGGCAAACGACCCGCGAUCAACAAUGAUUCAUUCACGCGUGCAUUUGAUCGGACAAAUUGUGAAGAUUAUGGAUUAUUUGACUCAGGAUCUCCAUGAGCCGAGUGAUUUGAUAUACACGGACACUAUGUAUGAAAUGUUUGUUGCUAUCCUGAGAAUUGCAUUUGGUGCCGAUUCCUUGGCCAUGGAUGCGCAAAAAUUACUAGUAAAAAUACGAUCUCAAGGUCAUUACAAUAUCACGGUAUUCAACAGAGCAUGUGAAUUGAGAGCUCGGCAAUUGCACCAUUUGACGGUAGGAGAUUACUCAAAAAAGGGUGGCGGUAAACAACUAGCCAGUGCCGAAAGCGAUUUCGCUAAUGGAUUAGAGUUUCCAUACGAGUCAGAAACAGUUGAAUUGAGUCGAGAUAUCUUGAACCGUUUUGUUAAUCACGAAGAGGCGGAUAACUUGUACUACAAUAUGAAUUACGAAUCACAACAAGAAGAAGAAGAAGAAGAAAAAGAAGAAGAAGAUAUGCUCCAUGAUAAAAUGCAAGAAGAAUUGGAUGCGAACAUGGACGCUGGCAUGGAUGUUGACAGAGCCGUAGAAAUAUAG